AUGCGGCUGCCGCCUCUUUCCAGAUUAUACACAACUGCUGCUCUGACCAGGGUCCGAAGGGUGUUUAUCCCCUUAGAGACACCAUCGCAGGACUAUGAACAUCGACCUUUCGAGGAUAUACCUGAUGCCCAAAAGCCAUCACCCUUCUUACCAACGACCAACGCGAUCGAUCGGGGCUCUGCGUCUCACCAGCAAUCUGAAAUAUCGACUCUUUUUCUAGAUCCGAAACCAAACCCAGCUACGAGCUUCUACCCAUCCUUGCACACGGUACUCGCCGACGCUUUGGAAUAUUUCCGCGCCCCCUCCGGACCUCUCUCCGAGUCGAACAUCGAGAGCCUCCUGCUUUUAGCGCAUGACAACAGAACCAAUCACUGCAUCGUCACCAUACAACAUCUCCUCAAAGGGACGCCCGAACUGGACCCGAGACUCGCACGCCUGUUAUGGAGCAAAUCCAAAUGGGAACAGAUCUCGAGGCGCUUGGCGUCCAAUGGCAUCGGUGCGGACGACAUUUCUCAUUGGGCUUGGAUUCUCCUUGAAACCCAGCCUGACAAGAGAGUUGCCAAGUUUCUGAGCAGGCCGUGUCACAAGCCGCUAUUUAUUCUUUUUUAUAUUCUCAGAGACAACUUCUCGAGUCCCGAAUCCUUAACGCGGCUUUUGGAAUAUUGCAUGGAGUGGUACUCGGGUCAAGAAACAGUAGACCAAACUGGAGAGCAUUCCAUGGUGUUCUCGGCGAUGGAGUCGACAAUGUUCCCAAGGGUUUUAGAAGGCCUCUGCUGCCAAGCAAGCCUAGUUCAGCCCGGCGCCAUGCCGGAUAUCGCAAAUCUGGCGGUGUCACAUAUACAAGCUAUACCGCGCAAAUGUCGGCAUUUUCAAAAGGCGUAUAGGUUUCAAUGUCGCGUGUUCAACAGUGCCAUACAAGCGGUAUCGCGUCUCUCGAAGGUCUCGCCCUACGAGCAUUCGUCCUCCAACUGGAUUGCGAUUAGGACCCUGCUCUCGAUGUCUACCAACUUGGCUCAAGCUCUCAUCAUUGAGGGAGAAAGCUAUAGGGCAAUCAGGCAAGUAUUGCUUGCGUUGCCGAAAACCGACUCAGAACGAGACACGGCUAGCACACUUUCCAGCUCGUGGCCUCCCUACCGAGUAUUGAGGGACGGCAUGGAAGAAAAAGCAGACACGGAAGACUUCUUGGGCAGAGCUGUCAAGGUCGGUUUUAUGAUGCAAGAGGGAGGUUACGCCAAGACCGAAAACGAUUCGAUCAUGGACAUCCUGGGAGGCAUGGCCCCUGAUGGCUCGCCGACGAUUCAGACGAGGGCCAACUACCCACGCCACUUGAACGUGCCGCAGGGCGCUUGGGCGGCGCUGAUUCGGACAACUCGGAACGCUCAAGAAGCCUGGGCGUUAUUCAAGCAUCCUCCCGAGCCUGGAGCGAAACCAACAUCCGAAGUGUACUUGGAGCUAAUGCAGAAAAUCGUCGCGAAACCAGCCGAUCCUGCUCAUCAUAACCUUCCUGGAGACGGGAGAGAGGUCUUUCCUUUCGACGAGACGAACCUCAGCGACUAUGAGAAAGCGCGUCUGCUCCCGCCCAGUAUUCCCGAGCUGAUUGAGGAGAUGUCCAACACCGGCGUGCCCAUCCAGGGACGGAUGUUGGCUUGGCUCAUUGGUCACCAAUCGCCCAGCUUCGAAGCUGCUCUACAGUACAUCGACCACAGUGACUUGAACGAAGAAGCCAAGAGCGAACUCAAAUGGUGCAUAGAAGAGUGCCAAAGGCCCACGCCAGAUUCGCCCGACAGGCCCCCUCUGUCCAAAAACCUACCUAGCGAUUUUCUGCGUGCGAUCAUCGCCUUGGCUUGUAAUUUACAGCCCCGUUACACGAAUCGUUCACCUAACUUUAUCCCCGGUCCCAACAUCUACUCCAUCCACCACGCUAUCUGGCUUGCACGAACAGCAUGGAGCUCUGAGCAUGUCUCUCCCCCAGGCGCAGGACCGUGGGAGUUGAUUAUGAAAGCUUUGAACAAGCCGAAAGUAGCGGUCAGCCCACGCGACAAUAGUUUCGAGCUUGUGCGCCUGGCCUUAAAGGUCCUGGAGAAUGUCGAGGCCCAAGGCGUACCCAACCUCGGCAUGUUUUGUUCGUUCUCCAAUGUAAUACGGAAUGCGGUUUGGACAAAACUUCCCUUUCUGAUGGACCCCUCCUUUAAAAUCAAAGUCGGGGACCAGGAGUUUAUGUCGCUCUACAAGGCGCGUAGCCCACAGUUGAUGAUACCCCAGGGCCCUAACGUCUUCCGGAAAUCCGACUCGGCUGACAAUGAAGCCAUCGGUUCAUGGCGUGAAAUACUCACGCCGAUCUUCAAGAACAGCCAAAGUGGAGUUGCCAAACACCGCACACAUUACGAGAUCGUCCGGGAAGCAUCGACAAAGCUAAAGGCCUUGUGGAGAACGCUGGCGACCACAGGCCCGGCCAAUCAAGCCUGCGCCAAGGUGGGGGUAACGGCAACCCAUGUCAAUUCCUACAUGCGCACGCUCGCGGCCGUUGGCGACGUUGAGGAGAUGGUCCUGCUCCUAUGCUGGGUUGUCCGAGACUGGGCCCCUGUUGCCGACUGCCUUCCGUCUAAGCCAUCGACGCGACGUCUUCAUGGGGCACUCUGUGCGUUUCGGGCCUUUGCAGAGCCCUUGCUUGACGAGAGCACGGUGGUGUCUUUGCGCCAGGAGGUCGAUAUGUACAUCAGAGAGGGGGGCCGGGUUUACUGGCCAGACCUUCAAGAUAUUGAAGCCUACACAGCGAAGAACGAUGCAAGGGGAAACCACAGGAACCUGUACGAGGUCAUCCAAAGAGCCUCCUCGAGGCGAGAGAGUCAGCUGCCGGGAGAUGUGAUCGAACGAAAGAUCCGGUUGAAGAUGAAGUAG